AUGCGUUGGAUCUUGUUGGACCAGUGGCAAGAACAUGCGAGAACGGUCAAGCAGGCCGCGGAGGCCAAGUCCGUUUGCAGCCAGCAGGCGGCGCUUCCAGCUUCCACCGUGGCAACAGGGGCGGAUGCCAGCGCUCAAGUUCUGCAGCUGGAGCACGCGGAGGUGGAAGCUAUCGGUUCUGGUCCUGCCCAGGCGCUGACGGCGCUGUCUCGAGACUCCAUGCAGUGGGGUGCUCGAGUUGGGGGUGGCUUCAGGCACGAGCUGUCGGAGAUGCUCGUGGCCCGCAGGGAGCAGGCGGCGCGGCGCCUCGUUUCCUCGCUCCUGGCCGGUAGCUUCGAGGGCUUCCUGCGCACAGCUCUCCGAGCCUGGCGGAAGGUGCAGGCGGAAGCAGCCCUCAUGCGUGCAGAGCUGGAUGGGACAAGGGCCAGCGAGGCCGCGUCCCUGUCGAAGCUUCGGGAGGAGCUCCAGGAUGCGAGGUCCCACAUGCUCUCCGAAGCAGAAGCCGCCAUCAAAGCGCAGGAGAUGCUGACGACGUUGUCUCACGAGCCCGUGCAGAGCUGGAGGCACGAGCUCUCGGAGAUGUUCAUGGCUCGCAGGGAGCAGGCGGCGCGGCGCCUUGUUUCCUCACUCUUGGCCUCCAGCUUUGAGGUCUUCCUGCGCGCGGCUCUCCGUGCCUGGUGGAAGGCGAAGGCCGAUGCGAAUGCCAUGGCCUCUUCGUUGGUACUUAUGCGCUUCUUCAGCGCAUGGUGUCAGAAGGUUGCCAGUCGACAGGAGAAGCUUCUCAGGCGGGUUGUGAGUGCUUGGGCGGCUUACGCGGCACACAACAGCACGGAACUUUCCAGAGCAGGAGGAGCGGCAAAUGCACCAGCCGCCAGACAUCCAACCCCAAGCUCUGGGAGUAGUUCGGGAGCUGCCGCAGCGGCGUGGGAUCGCUUCCACGAUAUGGACCUGGACAGCGAGCCUGAACUGUAA